AUGUGCGCGCACUUGGCGCUGCCGCCGUGCCCCGCAUACCCCGGCGGGGCUGCCCGGGGCCGCCCGGAGCUCUGCUGGAGCGCGGCAGGGGCCGCAGGACAGGCCCCCACAGCGGCCGGGCCCGCGGGACACGCCGCGGCCGGGCACUCUCCAGAGGCUGCGGGCAGGAGGCACACGGCAGAAAUAUCCCCAGCUUCAUCCAGUUCUGGGAAUUUCAGCCAAUUCACACCAGAUUCAGCCACCAGUCCACAUUCCUCAUCCUCAUCCCCACAGCCUUCAGCUAAGUCUCAGAAGGGCAGAGAAUAUGGCGUGGAGGGGAUCAGGAAGGCCAAGAGCCGGACAGCUUUCUCCAAGGAGCAGCUGCUAACCCUGCACCAGCGCUUCCAGAGCCAGAAGUACCUCAGCCCCCAGCAGAUCCGGGAGCUGGCUGUUGCCCUGGGGCUCACCUACAAGCAGGUGAAGACUUGGUUCCAGAACCGGAGGAUGAAGCUGAAAAGGUGCCAGAAGCAGAGCCUGUGGAGCGAACGGGCUCAGUGUCUCACGCAAAGUGGCUUCCAGAGCGCAACUUACCUGGAUGUGCACCCCAAAUUCCACCAGGGCUACCCCAUCACCACGGCUGGCAACAUGCAAACCAUGCCUGCCCCCUGUCAGCACUACGGAGCAGGGCAGAACGCUUACACAAUCCUGACCAGCGAGGAUGGAGGAGUCUUUGGCAAAGGCGGGGGGACCUGCAGUGUCCAGCAGACAGUGGGCUUCAUUGCUCAGCACAAAGUAGACUUUUACCACAGCUACCCUGGCAGUGUGGAAUAUCCAGGCUCCAAGACAGGCGAUGGCUGUAAUUUUCACCAUUCAGCCACCAUGGCUCCUUUCCCAACUGCUGCCAGCCAUCAUCUUUAUCAUUCCUAA